AUGGCAAAAUCAAAACACGCAGUAUCGUCAUCCUCUUCUCCAAAAGAUGCUGCUGCCAAUAAUUCCGUUCCUUCUUCAACAAUUACACCUACAACCAAAAAGACCGAUGACUCUAAAACGACAUCUGACAACACAACCACUCCCCCAAAAUCCAAAAGUUGCAAACAUUCUUUCAUUCUCUGGACCUUCUUCAUUCUUCCCAUCACGAUCGGACUUGUUUCCAUUUAUUUAUUCACAUUCCAUCAUGAUGAAUUGAAAUUGGAACUUUCAAAAUUAAUGCCAACUUUAUUUAAAAAGCCAGUGAGAACCGUAGCGGUUCAAUAUCCUACUGUGAAUACUCGUUCUAAAUUUCCGGCCAUUAUCAGUUCAACUCCUUCCUAUGUGAAAUAUUUGGAAUUACUUCAAAAGAACACAUUGACACAAAGAAAAAAGGUUCAUGUCGGAGUGUUUGAUGAGCAUCAUUUUUCAUUGUUUUUCUGGGUGAGAGCUCACAAAUUGGGACUCAUUCCAAGAUUGAAUUAUUCGAAUGUUGUUGCAGAUCAACAACAAAAUGUUUACAAUUUAAACUUUCAAGGUCUUCCAUUGCUUCAUAUUGAUUCUCAUUCCGAUGCACAAAUUCCACAACAUUAUUAUAAUUUUAAACCUUUUAGAGAUUUAAUUCAAAACACACCACUUGGGGCAAAAGAAGAUUAUGUCACUGCAAAAAAUGUCACUAAAAAGCGUCAUCCUUUCAAUGAUAAGAAAAUGACAGAGCUUCUUGCAGUCACUUCGAUUGGAGAUUUCAUUCCAGUCGCUCAAUAUUUGGAAUUAGUUGGUCCUCGAGUGGUUUGGCUUCAAAGUAAUUUCGAAGGAGGAGGUUACAAUUUUAACACAGGUCGAUACAAUGCCGAGUUGGGAGUGAGAGCCAAUGCCAUGAAAUUACCACCACAAACUCUUCAAGAUUUGACAAAAGCUGCAAAUUCUCUAAAUGUCGAAUCGACCUUUUUAUGUUAUCGAAAUCCAGAUGGUUACUCAUGGAAUAUUCACCACAGAAAUGGAAAAAAGAUUUUGACCAAACCUAUUCAUACUCUGGCUCAAAUUGCAAAAGAAGGAGUUUGUGUUGAAACUGAAGCGUUUCACAAUGCAUCACACGAGUCAUUUCCAAUUCAAUGGGAUGUCUACAAUACGGAUGAAUUAUUUCAAUCUGGAAAUGUGAUUGAAGACAAAGCCAAAUUCUUUAAUUCCACACCAUAUUUAUUGGAUAUUGAUCUUGAUUACUUUUCAACAGACGAUGAAAUGCUCUUCAAUAUUGUUCCAAGAAAAACCUAUGGAGGACUUUUUAAGGUCUUGGAAGAAAUGGUUCAAGAAGAGACCAUCUUGUGUUUGGAUCGAAGAAUUUAUGAGCCCACAAAAAACAUGUCACUUUCCAUGGAUCAGGUGAAAAAAUUUAACAGGAACAAAAUUUCUAAUUUACUUCAUGAAAUGUUCUUUAGAGGACUCAUGUUCGAUGAAAAUAGUAUCUUUUCCAAGCAACCCGUACAGAAAUCUAAAUUGAUUGGUGACUCAGUGUUUGGCCCAGAAAUUUUAGAAUUAUUUUGCAAAGGUUCACAUCAUGCUCUCGAACACUUGUAUCAACUUUCCAAACUUGUGAUUAUCUUUUUGGAAAAUAUGAAUUACUUUUACUUGUCACUGCUCGAUGUGAAUUAUGGUUUUCCAUCUGUGAAACCAUACUGUAAAGUGAAUCAAAUGUUUGGAGUUUGUCCAAGUGGAUUACCUUCGAAAUAUUUAACGCGAGAUGAAAUUAUGGAUCAAAUGAACAAGUUGGAGAAGUUAAUUGUUGCUCAAGAACAGUUACCAGCGUAUGUGACCAUUUCAAGAUCACUCGAUGCGUAUUUACCAAAGGUUUUACACCAUUUUAUUGAAUCGGAGACUUUACACAUGUUGGAACGAGCAUUUAAACAAAUAUCUCCCAAUGUGACAGUUGACGUUUCCUAUUUUGAUGAAUUUGAGCCAACAUCAAAGAAAUAUGAAAAGGAAGCUAGUCGACAAUUUUACGACAUGAUUGAAAAAGAAGCAUCGAUUAUUCGUCAAGCUGUCCAAGAAAUUGAUGAUCCAAUUUCAACCUACCUGCCACAUGUCAAUUACAAAAUUUACAAUGUUGCUCUCAUGCUCCAAUUUUUACAAGAACGUGAAGUCUCCUUCGAUAUGUUCGUUCAAGACAUUACACUCCUUAAAGAAUUUCUCGAGUGGAAAUUAACCAAUGCUGGCUCUAUGGAUUUUGACAAUUUAGGAAUUGUCUCAAAACCUAAAAAUUCCAUUUUCAUGCCUUAUACCAUUCCUUCCAAGAGACCUCGACUUUGCAUGUUAAUAUUGAAGAAUGCUCUAGAAGAUUCUAACUCGACUUAUCCAACCAGUGGCGAAACAAAAGAACAAGAUGCAACAUCUUCCACGUUAAAUUGUUUCAUUCAACAACUGAACCAAACAUUUGAACGUGAAUUAAUUUUGGAAUUGGAAAUGGUCGAGAGUUCAAGUCGUCAAGAAUUUUCACAAAAAUUUGAAGAACUUGUCGAAUAUUAUCAAAAAUUAUUCCCAACUCAUUUCAAGAAUGUGAGCAUUUCGAGAGAUGACACAAAGCCAUAUGCUCUUGUGGUCGAUCCUUCUUGUGUGACCUUCGAUAUGGAAGAAGAAUUGAAACCUAAAAAAACAAAAUCGAAAAAGUAUAUCAAUUUGGAAGAAAAUCCAACUGUGAAACGUUCUGGAAGAGAACCCAUUUCAAUUUCGUAUGAUUUUUCUGGAGUUGUCUCGACGUUUAAUAAUUUAGUUUUGGAUUUGUUGAAAGAGAGUACUCCCUCUGCCUCGUUGAAGGAUUAUUUGAAUAAGAUGGCGUAUAUUGAUGCACAGAAAGAAGCAUUUAAUAAGAAAAAGUUGAAACAACGUUAUGAAAAUGUGAAAGGAAUUGUGGAGACGUCCAUCAAGAAGUGUAGUAAUGGAAAAUUGUAG